CUUUUAUAAUUUACCAUAGCCAUAAGUUCAGCGUCAGUUAAUCUGAGCUAAAGGCUUGUUUGCGUUACCGUAUUGUUCACUAAAAGCCGGUUAACAUGUUGAGAGCGUGUGUUUUAUAUUUGUGUUUCGUUGGAAUAAAAUGUCUUGUGACUACUGUAAAUGAUCACCCACAAGUUGAGACAAAACUUGGAAAAGUUGAAGGAACAUGGCGAACAUCAUUCAACGGCAGAAAAUACGCUGCUUUCGAAGGUAUACCUUACGCUAAACCACCGAUAGGAGACCUGAGGUUUGAAGAACCUCAACCUAUGGAAUCCUGGUCGGGUGUUUGGAAUGCCACAAGGAUCUAUGUUUGUCCACAGGCUACCUCAAACUUUCAAGUUACAGGAGACGAAGACUGCUUGUUCAUCAACGUCUACGUUCCAAAAACGGGAAACGGAAAAUUGUUAGACGUUGUUGCUCAUAUCCAUGCAGGUGCUUUUAUGGCUGGAUUUGCACAAGAAUUAAUUGGUGACAAAUAUGUCAUGGAUAAAGACCUUGUUAUUGUCAGUUUCAACUAUAGAUUAGGGGCACUGGGAUUCCUUAGCACUGGCGAUGAAGUAGUACCAGGCAAUAAUGGCUUAAAGGAUCAAGUCCUGGCUCUAAAAUGGAUCCAGGAAAACAUAGCGGCAUUUGGAGGCAAUCCAAAGUCUGUUACGUUGACGGGGCUUUCUGCUGGAGCUGCUUCAGUGCAUUUUCACUAUUUUUCAUCCUACAGUAAAGGCUUAUUCCACAGAGGAUGGUCGGCCAGCGGAACAGCCCUAGGCAGAUGGGCGCUACAAGAGGAGCCAUUGAAGGCAGCCAAACGCUUAGCUGAGAACGUAGGCUGCGAUUUCGAGGAGACCGAAAAGAUGGUGAAAUGCUUAAAAACUCGUCCCGCCUCCUUGUUAGUGGAGAAAACGAGUCGGUCCUUGUAUUCUUUCGAACAACUUCCAUGUUGUCCUUUCUCUCCUGUCAUAGAGAAGAGAGGCAAGGAACCUUUCCUUGCCGACCACCCUUACAAUCUUCUCAAACAAGGAAAAGUGUACGACGUGCCUUGGAUUGCUGCGAUCACCAAAGAUGAUGGGCUGGUGCUCAGUGCAAUCUUCCUCGCCAAAAUAGACGAAGUAAACGAAAAAUGGAAUGAGAUCGCUGGACCGCACAUUCUAGACUAUCACAAUGCAGCUCCUCAAAUUUUCGAUGAAAUCAAGAAACAUUACGAUCAUGAUCGUGACGGUACCCUCAACUUUGACGAGCUGACAAAGCUCUCAACAGAAGCUCCAUUAUUGGUGCCUAUGCAAACUUCCGUGGGAUUACAGUCUAAAGUAACCAAGUCGCCAAUCUUCGUGUACCAUUUCAAUUACGAAGGCGUGAACAGUAUAAAAGAAUUACUGAGGCUGCCAAAGGAAGUAAAAGGUGUAUUUCAUGGUGAUGAUAUGAUUUACUUCCUGGGGGCAGCCAUAUCCAAACCACUUUCAGACGAAGACAUAAAAGUCAAAGACGACUGUUUGGAUAUCCUCUAUGCUUACGCUAGCAAAGGAGUACCCAGCAUCAACAACACUAAAUGGGAACCAGUGAAAAAGAACUUCGUAUAUUACGAUAUCAAUGGUCCUGACGAUAUCCAGAAACGCGUAGAAACAGACUUCCAUACAAAGAAGUUCUGGGACGGCUUAGGCCUUUUAGAAAAUAAUACGCUUAUUAGUAAAAAAGACGAAUUGUAAAUAAAUCUACUUGCAUUGGUCUCGCUUCUGGUACGACGGUUUUUGGGUUCUUGAGAACUAUGGAGAUCGGUGGUGGUACUAUUCUCUAGGCGCUGAAGAAAGAAACUAAACCCAAACAAAUACACGCAUAUUGCUCGUGAGUGAGUGUUUAGGCGCAGGAGACAUUACAGGACCGCAUCAAGAUAUUAUGGGUAGUCAUCAAAAAUUUCAUACAAGAUAAUUAUUAUCUUUUACAGUAAAUUUCAGUUAGAGAUUCACAAAUGAGUUAACUACACUUUUUAGUUAUUAGUAAGUAAGCUGCGCGCACUCAUUCAGAAGAGGAACUUGAAUCUUCUGAAUCGUUUAAAUCAAUUAUUAGAGGUUCAAUUUGGGUAUCGAUGACAUUGUCCAAAUCCCACAUUUUGACCUCAACCUUCUCCCGAACGUGGCGGAUACAGUUUUUCCAUUCCUCUGCCGUAACUCUAUUGACUGCGAUGUGAAAGAGAUUUUUAACAUCAGAAAAUUUAUAAGUAUUAUUAUUCGACGCCACGUAUUGCUUUAUGUUGGCCUAAAUCAGCUCAAUAGGGUUCAGCUGACAAUGGUAGGGUGGCAGUCUCAAGACAGUUUUAUUUUGUUUUUUGGCCAUUUCGUCGAUCAUUUUAAAAUCGUAUUUGUUAUUUAUGUCUAUUGACUAUACUUAUCAAUUCACCCUUGACCAUUGUUUCAUCAAAAUCGAUCUGUUUUGAGGCCAGCCAUUGUUGUAUGUUUGCUUUUUUAGUUGCCAUUGUGGAAAUUUUUUCUAUUUUUCUAGAAUGGUACGGGGCAUUAUCCAGUACAAUAACAGCGUUAUUCUCCAGCUUUGGUAACAUUUUGGAGAACCAAUUUUCAAAGGAAUUGCCGUCCAUCUCCUCAUGAUAGUCCCCUGUCUUUUUUGAUUCAAAGGCCCACAGUGCUUCGGGAACAAAGCCGUCUUCACUACCUACGUGACAAAUGAUCAGCCGUUUGCCUUUUCCUGGAAAUAAAUUAUUCCUUACACUAUGGAUUGAUUAAAUUUGAAGGAAUGAGGCAAUUGAGUUCACUUAGCUGAAUUUAAGAGUCACGGAAUGCUGAUCAAAAACUGAAAAACGUAGAAAAUUGAAGUUUGCAACUUCUCAAAACCCAUUCAAAGCAAAUUGACUGCACCCAAAAAUGAUAAUAAAUUUCAAAAUAACGCUUAAAAGAGGGUCGAAGUUUUUUUCCUAAUGACUACACUGCGAAUACACCAUUUUUGGAGAAUAUCACACAUUAUCUGCUAUCACAGCAUAUUAUUUGCCCGAAUUUAUCAAAAUUAAAUUGCCGGAUAGAUGAAGGAGCUUACCUGCAGGAUUUUUCAAUCUAGCCGAAAGACCGUCUAGAAAAGCCUGCCUUGAUGAUGUUACUGAUUUGUCGACCCAAACUUUCGCUUGAGUAUGUCCAGCAUUCACCUACGUUUCGUCCAAAUAGUAAAUUUUUCUUUUUUCAUCGCGAUACUUCCGAAUCUUCCUAAGGUAUUCCCUUCUCCACACAACAAUUUCUUCUUUCUCUAUUAAUAUACUGUUUCUUCCCCGUUUCAAGAAUCGAAAAUUAAGUUCCUUCAAAAGUUUUCGGAAUGUGGUUCUUUUAAAUGAUGGAAGAUCCUCAUCAGCAUUAACUAAUCUUAAUAUCUUAUCUACUGUAGGUAUCUCAUUUCGGAAGAAAAAAUUAUGCACUUUCCUCCUGAUGGCAGUUCUGUCAAAGUCAUCUACUCCGUCCGUUAUCCUUUUUCUUGCAGGAUACGGUUUUGGCUCAGAAAGUGAGUGAGUGCUCCUAUAUUCCUUAAUGAUCCUAUAAACACUGGACCGACAUACUCCAGAAAUAUGUGCUACCUUACAUAUAACUUCGUCCACGACCAAAUCGGGUUUUUCCUGAAUUUGGUUUUUGUAUAUAUUUAAUAUUAUUUGUUUUUCAUUUGCACUUAAAUGUAGCUUCUUAGCCCUUUUUUUGGGUGGGGUUGCGCUGAUGUCAACCACUUCGUCGGCUGUAUCUGUGUCAGACAUCGUAUCUUAGGCAAUAUAUAAACAAAACGUUCCACUCGCGAAAAACGAGUAUACGCUACUGAAUGCGUAAUGCGUAUGCAAUGCAAUCCUGUGCGUGAAUUAACUGUUAGAUGCCUGUCGUGUCAUCUACAAUCACGUUUACAAGUCCAAACCUGUGCAGAUUCGUAGAGCGCCGACGACUGCUAGUGACCUUGAAUUUGUCUGUAGAUCGAUGUUACUCCAGUCAAUUUAGGUUCAAAGUGGAUGUUUUCUAAACCAAUUUGUUGUUCCUACAUCAAAAAUAUAUCGAUGAUGUUUUGUACUGGGAGCUCAUGAAAGAUCAAGGUAACUUAUUUUAACAGUCAUCCUUUUUCUAGUCUCCAGAUGACACGAAAAAGGGUCUGUGGAUUCACUAGAAAUACACUGCCGAGGAUGUUUAGACCUAAAGUGACUGGAGUAUAUCCGUGGAUGCUUUCGAGGGAUCUGUUCACGUGCUGAUCACUGUUUACGUUUAAUGUCUUUCUUCAGCGCCCAGAGUAUACAUACUGUUGUUUUCUUGUGAGCAGCGGCGGGUAUGCUAGCAACGUGGAGCCUUAACAACCCGAGGGAUUCCUAUGACCUAUGAAAGUAAAUCAAUGGUCAAGUUUUUAUUAUGCUAAGUAACUCAAUUAUUAGGCUUAAAUAAAUUGAAUUUUUUGGAACCAGUUUAAUUGAAAAUAAUAAACUAUCAAACUGAUUUGCUCGAAAAUAGCAAACCAUGUACCUGUUGAAUUAAGCCGUUUAAUUAAUUUAGGUGAUUUAGUUUAUGGAGAAAAGGUAUAUUUAAAACAAUUAAAAACAUUAAUAAAAACAGUUAAACUGUUUAUUUGAAUCGAGGACUUGGGUCUUCAUUCGUUAAUGAUCGGGUGCUUAACAUAGGCUUAAUGUGCUCUUAUUUUAUAUUGUAUAAGAUACGUAUAGAAAGCGGAACCUCCUGUUGUCGUAAGCUUUGUAGUACUUAAAAAUAUCCUAGUUUGUUUAAAGUGAUCAAAUUUAUUUAUGUAUGUAAAUGCGUUGAAUGCGGGUAAUUGCAAUUUUACUUUAUUAUUAGAAAUACAUGUACAAUUUUUGUACACGUAAUCAAGUGCCCUUAUUCAGUUUUAGGUUUCCCUUUCCCUACUUUCUGAAGAUUUUAUUCUAGUGAAUAAUGGUAUAUUAUAACCUGUCUCUGGUCAAAUAAACAAAUAAAUGGUGAAGCUUAAUCACCAUCAAUGAGAAUAAAAAAUAUCGAAUUUCGGUAGGGUUUCCCAGCUUUUUCGAUAUCUAUAAGAUUAAUUUGUCAGAACAUACAUCCAAAUAUCUAAAAGUACAACAACUUGAUAUUAUUUUGUGUUUGUUAAAAUUAAAGCCAAUAAAUUUUG